CUCUGCUGUGGAACCUGACUGACAUCAGUGCUUUGCCUGUGUGCAGAAGAAGAACAAGGAUCAGAUCUUCUCUCUCACAUCCCAACCCCCCAUCCCCUCUAUCCUCUGUCCUGCUCCACCUGUUGUCUCUUCCUUCUUUCCAUCUGUAUUUCACUCUGUGGUUUGUUGCUCAGUUGCCAAACCAAAACUCUUAUUACGGUUUGAUGAGAAUUUCCAAGCCGUGUCUCUCCUGCUCUGUCUGUUCUCUCUGCUAAAUUUUCUCUCUACCUGUUUUUCACUCUUGGCUUGCUGCUGAAAGUGCCGGGCCAUUGAAGCAAUAAAGAGUGCAUAUUUUGCCUCAACCUGAGAACAAACUGAACAAACAAAGAAAACUCUAAUUCACGGUUUGAUUGUGAUUUCCCAGCCGUGUCUCUCCUGCUCUGCCUGUUCUCUCUUCUAAAUUUUCUCUCUACCUGUUUUUCAUUCUGGGCUUGCUGCUAAAUUGUGUCAAGCCAAUAAAGAGAGUGCAUAAUAUUCUCUCGACUGAAGAACAAACUGUCAAACAAAGACAACUGUUUCAGAAAAAUAAAAAGUGAAAUAUAAAGACAAAAACAUCUCCUGGUGUGUACCACUCUUAUUUUAUGAACAUAUUUUCUAAAGACUAAGAGAAACACUUGUGUAAAAAUGCCAAGGAAGCAGAAAAAGUCACAAGCUGCAAAACAACGCUGGAAGAAGUUCCAUGAGAUUCACAGUGUACCAAUAUGUGAACAAGCCGAGUGUGAUUUUCCUCAGUGCUCUACAGAAGACAGUGUGUCUGCAAAGACCAAUGCUGACAGUGUUAAACAGGCAGGUCAACAUGUUCCUGCACAUGUACAACAGGUAUCCUAUGCUGAUGCUGUAAAGAGUGGACUGCAGCAUGGAUUUAAUGAACAACAUGAGGUGUCAAGUGCCCCACAGGUGGGUUAUGCUGAUUUUGUGCAAAGAGGCUGUCACAGUGAUGUGGCAGGACCAUCUCGUGCAGAAAGAGUGAACCUUGAAAACCAGCCCUCUGUAACACAUGUCUGUGCAUCUCACAGCCAGGCACAUCCUAAAUAUGGAGACUCCAGAAACAAGCAGUGCACAUGUAACUCACUCACAUUUCUUGCAUUCCUUCAUGAGAAUGAAAACAUGACUACAGCUGACCUUAAUCUGGUCUUGGAUAAAGGUGAUGUGAUGUACAAAGAGGCCAAGAAAAGAUUUCCUAAAAAUAUUCAUUUGGCAACCGAUGAGCUGCCAGACAAAGUUGAUGCUCACAGGUCUAUGUAUCAUGUCGACAUGACACAGCCUUCCCGGUAUGGGACAUUUGAAGAACCUCCAGAGGAGGCAGUAGAUACCUUUCUCAGCUUAGAAGCAGGACUGAGCUGCCUGUUGUCAGAUGUGCAGUAUGCCUUAUUGAUUAUGAGUGGACUGUGUAUCGCAGUGUUCAGAUCCACAUCAGGCAAAUAUGGGUUCUUUGACCCACACUCCAGAACACCCAGUGGUCUUCCUCUACCACUACAGUCACGUAAUCGUGGUACAGCUGUGAUGCUGAAAUUCACACUCCUGAGUGACAUGAUUAAGAGGCUCCAAGAUUCUUAUGAAGAGAUGGAGAUAUCACCUUCUUGUAACUAUGAGCUGAAGCCUGUGCAGUUUUAUAGUAUGAGCACAGUUAACCUGAGUGAUACCAUCACAGACACAGUCUGCAGACCAACAGCUGCCACUGCUGUGGCACCUACUCACUCUGAUAAAACUGUUGAUGAAGCAAAUUCCUCUACUACAAGGAGAAACACAACCACUGAGAACAUCCCUUCUCAAAUGUCCAUUUGUACGCCACUAGUGAAACAACAAGAAACCUACAUGGCUCAGUUCAAAUCACAUGAAGCUCCUGAGAAUGAAUUUACUAAUAUACCAACUGAAGAACCAUCCAGUGAAUUUAAUUUCCUUCCAUCAAAUGAUGCUUUUUCAUGUCAAUCUGAUGCUGCAAUAAAAAAUUGUGCUGCCUUUGAUCUUUUUGAUACAGUUUUACAAAACAUCUGUAAACUGACAAAAUAUAAGGAUGUGAGCAUCAGAGAUGAUGCUGAGCUGUGUGAUCCAACUCUUCCUGAUGAAGAUGAUGAGGAGGAGGAUGAUGAAAACAUGAAUGAGGACGAUUAUGAUGAGGCUGAUUUAAUGGAAAUUGACUGCUUUCUGGACAACACAACACCUGAGUCUUCCAAUGUUUGGAUGACAUCUUUGAAUGACAAAUACAAAGCGAGACCUGAAACACCAGAGUAUGAGGAGAUGUGCAUGGCAGACUUUGCUGCUACUUGCAGGAUUGUCUAUGGCCAACAGACAAAAGACCACGAACUGAAAACGCCAUCUUUGCCAACCUAUCAGGCUUUCUAUGGUGCUGGCUGUGUACAGCUACCAGGUACUGACCGUCUUGAGUACGUGCAACACAUUGUCAAAAGAAACAGAGAGAAAUAUGAGAAAAACAGUGAGGAGAUCGAGAGCGCUGUUGAGGAAUAUGAGCAGAACAGAGAUGCAAGACUCAAACAGAUCAAAGGGACUCGGAGACCCUUUGGAGGCAUGUCAGUCAUUGCUGUUGGAGACUUCUAUCAGCUACCCCCAGUGCGACAGUCUAAACCUCUCUGUGUGCACGACCCGUCCGAGAUCGACCUGUGGCGGGAGCAUUUUCAGAUGAUCACUCUGACUGAGAUUAUGCGUCAGAAAGAUGAUGUUGUCUUUGCUGAGAUGCUGAACAGAAUCCGUGUGAAAGGAAAAUGA